CAAUUGGAGGAGUACUUUAAGUUGAGUCCUUGGCCCUUGUUCAAUACAAUUUGAAGGAGGCGGAUCCUUCAUGACAGUCAAAAUCAGCAAAGCAUAGAACUGUAGCGAGUUGUACAGUAGUUGCAAGGUUGCUUUACUGAGCCGUAGACAUGUGUGGAAUCUUUGCCUAUCUGAACUACCAUGUGCCCCGGACCCGGGGAGAGAUCCUGGAGAUCCUCCUGAAGGGCUUGCGGCGCCUGGAGUACCGUGGCUACGACUCCGCAGGUGUGGGGUUUGACAGUGGGAAUGGUAAGGACUGGGAGACGAAUGCCAGAUCCAUUCAGAUGAUCAAGCAGAGCGGCAAGGUGAAGGCUCUGGACGACGAGAUCCACAAACAGCAGGACCUCGAUAUGGAUGUGGAGUUUGACAUCCAUUUUGGCAUUUCCCACACUCGCUGGGCUACGCAUGGGGCCCCCAGCCCAGUCAACAGCCACCCUCAGAGGUCUGACAAGAGCAACGAGUUUAUCGUCAUUCACAACGGGAUCAUUACCAACUAUAACGACCUGAGGAAAUUCCUGGAGAGCAAAGGUUACGAGUUUGAGUCGGAGACCGACACGGAGACCAUCGCCAAGCUGGUGAAGUACAUGUACGACAACCGGGAGAGUAACGACAUCAGCUUUGCCACUCUGGUGGAGAGAGUGACUCAACAGCUGGAGGGGGCUUUUGUCCUGGUCUUCAAGAGCGUCCAUUACCCAGGGGAGGCGGUCGGCACCAGGAGAGGAGGUCCUCUGCUGAUCGCUGUCAAAAGUGACCACAAGCUCUCCACCGACCACAUCCCUAUCCUCUACCGCUCCUCUGGGAAGGACAAGAAGAGCGGCGGCAGCCUGCCCAGGGUGGACCAGGACACCUGUCUUUUCCCCGUGGACAUGAAGGCCGUGGAGUACUACUUCGCCUCAGACGCCAGCGCGGUGAUCGAGCACACGAACCGCGUGAUCUUCCUGGAGGACGACGACGUGGCGGCGGUGACAGACGGACGCCUGUCCAUCCACCGGAUCAAGCGCACGGUGGGGGACCACCCGGCCCGCGCCAUCCAGACCCUGCAGAUGGAGCUGCAGCAGAUCAUGAAGGGGAACUACAGCUCCUUCAUGCAGAAGGAGAUAUUUGAGCAGCCAGAGUCCGUAUUCAACACCAUGAGGGGAAGGAUCAACUUCGAUGACAACACAGUGACGCUGGGCGGGCUGAAGGACCACAUCAAGGAGAUCCAGCGGUGUCGCAGGCUCAUCCUCAUCGCCUGUGGGACCAGCUACCACGCUGGCGUGGCGACUCGCCAGGUGCUGGAGGAGCUGACGGAGCUGCCUGUCAUGGUGGAGCUGGCCAGCGACUUCCUGGACCGCAACACUCCCGUGUUCAGGGACGACGUCUGUUUCUUCAUCAGCCAAUCAGGUGAGACCGCAGACAGCCUGAUGGCCCUGCACUACUGUAAGGAGAGGGGAGCCCUGACUGUAGGCAUCACCAACACGGUGGGCAGCUCCAUCUCCAGGGAGACCGACUGUGGAGUCCACAUCAACGCCGGCCCAGAGAUAGGGGUGGCCAGCACCAAGGCCUACACCAGCCAGUUUGUGGCCCUCAUCAUGUUUGCGCUGCUGAUGUGUGAUGACAGGAUCUCCAUGCAGCCCAGAAGGAGAGAGAUCAUCCAGGGACUGAGGGUGCUGCCAGACUUGAUCAAGGAGGUGCUGAGUCUGGAUGAUGAGAUCCAGAAUCUGGCCACGGAGCUGUACCAGCAGAAGAGUGUGCUGAUCAUGGGCCGGGGGUACCACUACGCCACCUGCCUGGAGGGAGCUCUGAAGAUCAAGGAGAUCACCUAUAUGCACUCGGAGGGCAUCCUGGCGGGGGAGUUGAAGCACGGGCCGCUGGCCCUGGUGGACAAGCUGAUGCCCGUCAUCAUGAUCAUCAUGAGGGACCACACUUACGUCAAGUGUCAGAACGCCCUGCAGCAAGUCAUCGCUCGCCAGGGCCGGCCCAUCGUCAUCUGUGACAAGGACGACUACGAGACUGUGAAGAACUCGAGCCGCACCAUCAAGGUGCCCCACUGUGUGGACUGUCUCCAGGGCGUCCUCAGCGUCAUCCCCCUCCAGCUGCUGUCCUUCCACCUGGCCGUGCUGCGCGGCUUCGACGUGGACUGCCCCAGAAACCUGGCCAAGUCUGUGACUGUAGAGUGAACUGACAGCUCCUCAGCCCAGGGGAACACACACACACACACACACACACAGUGCUAGAGCAGCUGCUCACACACAGUUUAUCAAUGUUUCCUAUUUUGUAAGCGUCUAGCAUCAUGACUCUUUAUAAUGCAUUAUUCCUGUUGAUCAAAAACUGUAUCACACUUGUCUCUGACGCCUGAAGGAAUCAUCAUCAUCAUGUCAUUGUAUACUUUUUGUUGCUGUUUGGCGAGGUUCAAGGUGACAGUAAUCAACGUCCUAUCCACAUGGAGAAGUCUGAUACCGGUGCACAGCCAUUGGGGAUGAAACACAAUCAUUACUGCUUUACUUGGCCUACAUGUGCAUGAGUGCACGACUUAGCAAGGUUGGAAACUUGUUUGCAUUUGAUUCAUUGUGCUCUUCGGCUGUUUGUUUUUGAAAGCUUAAGUUACUGAUUUAUGUUGGUGGGUUAUUAGAACUGUGAUUUGUAAUGUGUUGGGGGAUCAUCUUUUUGGCAGCUUGUUAUUUGGAGAGCCAUUGUGCUU